CGCAGCUUGGUGGAUUGGUAAUGUUUGCCUAGAACAGUCAAAACUCUGGGACUUGCCGUCAACAUUGAGAAUCAGUCAUUCAGAAAUCAGCUGGCUGAUACCACGUUGCAAACAUUUAAAACAUUGGGCGUUAAAUUGCUGCGGUUGAUUUAGACGUGACGGUGCACGGGCUGUGUAGAUUCGUGUUGUCAGUUCAAAUCCUUAUGACAUUACUUCUAGUCGUUAUUACCCGAUUGUCUUAGUCUCACUAUUUACUCUGUUGCUAGUUACUGUAGAUAUACUUCAUUUGAUGUAGGUGCAUCUUAUGUCUUUAUUUAGUCGUCGUCUCAUUAUCUUGUUCUCAUCCAGUUUCCCGUGCACACGCAGCUCUAUACUCUCCCGUGGAAAUACUGAUAAUUCUGUUCUGGGAAGUUGUUCGCGAUUGCUUUGUAACUAGCGCAAACGCUCGAAUAAACUGUAUACAGUCGUAAUGACCUGCGUGGCCAAGUUUUACGACGAUGUGAUUGAGGAUGUUAUAAGUGGUGUUAAAGAUGAGUUUGUAGAGGAUGGUGGUGAUAUCCAGAUACUUGAAGAACUCAAAAAGUUAUGGAAGUCCAAACUUGCUGAGACCCACGUCUUUAGCCCAGAGCCUGUCGGCGGAAGUGCUGCACAAUAUUUGAACCUUCUGCAACGUUCUCAAGUUCAGAUCCAUCCAAAUGUCGUCAGUUCUGGAAAUCCCUCCGUAGGUUUACCAAUAAGGCAGUUGAAUACAAUCAUCCGAACUGGGUCAGAUCAGACAACAGCAAGCAUGGCGCUUCCUGGUACGCUUUCAGGUUUGCGACUACCUGCAGCACGGGCUUCUGUCUCAGUCCCCACUCAAAUGCGAUCUCGUGAGCCAGUACAAGCUACUCCGUGUUUGGCCUCAGUUAUACUUCCAACUCAGUCGCAAACACAAAAGCAACCUCAAACAACCAGCGUUCUUCCCGCUGUGCUUACUUCCAAUCCAAGUGGAGCUCAAUCAAGACCUACUGCAACUACUAACGUUCAACAAGUUACAACACCCCAGCUCGCCACACUGCCUUCAGGUCUUACAGGACAUCUUGUACAAAUCGGCCAACAGACUUAUCUCGUCCCUCAGCCGUUAACAGCAGUCCGUCAACCUGGUGUUCAUCUGGCUGUUCCUCAGUAUAUAGGUAACCCAAGUGUGGCAACCAACAAUUCCAUGGCUUCUGAUUCCAAACCUUUUACUGUUUCAGACAUUGGGCAGUUUAAACAAACACAGGUCGAUGGUGUCCAUGAUAGCGAUGAUGAAAAGUUCUGUGAUACUCCUGUAUCACAAUCGAUGAGUGUACCUGGGCGUCGAAAGAAUCAAAAUAGUGGACAGCAUAAUUAUAAUGAUAGUGUUGCAUCCCAUGCCCAUCAUGGUUCAGAUCUAGAAGAUGAUGAUGACGAUGAUGAUGACUUAGUCCCUGCUACUCCUGGUUUCACCCCACACUCGUCUGUUUUAUCUCACUACAACACUAGUCGUUAUGUGAUGGAUACUCCAAGAGAUAUGGGUGGGGGCACACCUCUUGUAAGUGCCCCACCCACUCCUAUGACCCCACCUUCCGUAUCAGUCCCAGAAAGUCACUUACGCCCUGGACAACAGUCCUUAGCUACUCAUUCACUUCACACUGCACAAACACCUGCUUCCAAACGUCGAAGACUUUCACCAUACCACGGGAAGAAUACAGAUACAGAUGAGUCUGAGGGUUGUGAUGAUGGCGAAGAUGCAGACAUAGUAACUACUACCACUACACCGGCCAACCCAAAACACUUUAAGUGAUCUGGAUUUAAAAUGUUCAUUUUCGUGACGCUACUCAUAUUUUGCAGCUUUUACUUUAUGUUGUAUGGUAGUUGGGGUUUCUCCUGAUUAUUGGUAUGAGUUUCAACGACCCUUUUGUUUAAAAUAUCACUAAACUCUAGUUAUUUUGUAUUGAUUAUUAACAGUGAACUAUCCAUAGAAAACUACGAAAAUACUGUUGAUCCUAAGCGAAAAUUGGACCAAGUGAAGCAAAAACUUAAACAGCGUCCACAACAAGAUAGGAAUCCAGUCAGUCCUAAGAACAAUCGUAUAACAAAACAGUUUUCAUCCCCAACUGAAUCAGAGCUCGGUGUUCCAGACCAGAUGGAAUUCCUUGAAGGAGAUCCUCUAAAAGCAGAAGAGGAAGGAGAAGAAGAUGAGGAAGAAGAACCUCUGAAUUCAGAGGAUGAUGUGAGUGAUGAAGAACCUGAAGUGCUGUUCGAAUCGGAUAAUGUUGUUGUUUGUCAGUAUGAUAAGUUUUCUGUUUUUUCACGUAGGUGGCGAAUUGGGCCAAUAAGAAAAUACUCAUAUCCACUCAUUAGCUUCACUAAAUGCUAGGAAUACUUCUACGGUAUAUGUGAUUAACUACGUGCCACCAUAUGUUCUCUACUUCUGCAGGCCAUAUUUAACACCCGUAAACUAAUACAAAUGAACUUUAUGCAAUGUAUGCAUCCUGUUGAUAGGCGGACAAAAACCUAAUUUAUGUCGGAUAUGUAAGUUUGUGAAAGGCCGACGAUAUUCUUGUACACUCGUCGACAUUUCAUUAGACCUAAGACCUGGUGAAACUUCUAAGGUAGUUAUAAUGGUUGGUCCUUCCAAUAACUUAACUUGAUAUUUUCAAGUUAGAUAUCUGCCCAUAUCAGUCUUAAAAUCAGGAGGGAAACACCUCACUUAAGAUCUCCGCCUACUUUGGUUUGAGCAAUCUGGAAAUAAUAUCGGUCCCCAGACGAGCUAUGGCUACAGUCUGUAAUUGGCUGUUGAGUUACACUUAGUGUUUACUUAUAUGCGUCUGUGGGAUCCUCACCGUUUUUUGGACAUAACGAUAAUUCUUAUUGGUGUUUCAAAUUUUUCAGUUACCAUUAAAAUACCGGGAACUUACGUUUGCUUAAGAACUACUCUUCUGAAAUGAGUAAAUUAUACUAUGGAUUCAAACUUCUUUGUCGGAGGUAGAGAUUCAUGAACUAAAUAUACUGAGAUUAGAUUCAUCGAGCUCGAAAUAAAUGGCGUUUUCAUCUGAAGGACGGGAUAAUGUCCAUAAAUGGUCGGGAUCAUAUUUUCCAAAAGGCUGUCGGUGAGGCUGAAUGGUAGUUUAAAUGGAAUGUAUUUAGUUAUUAGUUUCUUCAUAUCAAAGGAUAUCGUCGAAAGAUGAAUUCGGCUACUGUUCCCUCUAUUUUCCGAUACCAUCAUGUUUAGUCACUUCUAUUAAUUGAUGCAAAUGUAAAACUUUGUGAAUGACUAUAGUCGCAAUUGUUGUAUGCCUCUUUUAACCAACUUUGCGUUCUGUAAAGAAGAAGAUAACCAUAACCAAUUUCACUUCCUUGCAGUCAUAGUAAGAUACUUUUAUAGUCGUUUGUAAAAUAGAGAAUAAAUUGAAAACACUAAAAAAAACUAAACCACCACAUAAAAUUGAUCAAUUGCACGAUAUAGAUAAAUUGUAGGAUUUGACACCAGUAUUCCUCAGUUAUUCGAUCUUAAUUAUGGUUUAAAAGUUCUUACUUUUAUUCUUUCUUCACUCAUCCUAUGUGUUCACGUUUCAUACUAUAGAAAAGCCUAUAUUUAUUGUGCAUAUAUUGUUCAUUACUUUAUCACAUCCAGUUUUAUUGUGAUUAUCUUUUUGUUUGUGUAUUUUUUAAAGAAAAAAAAAACAUUUUAUUACUGUCUUCCUAACUAAAUCGUUGAUAAUAAUAGCAGUGAUUAUGGUCUUUAGUUAUAUAUAUGUAUACAUAUUACUGUAUCUAACACACUUGUGACAACACAGUUACACCCACUGGAAAAGUUUUAUUCAUCGUAUCUGUUUUCACUAACAUUUAGUCAGUAAAUUUGUACUAGUUAUUAAUAACUUGACAAUCAGUGAAUAUGAAAUAAUUGUUAGAUGAAAUGUCGUUAGCAGUAAUGAAUGAUAUAUUGUGUAGGGACUUGAUCAAUUUUCUUUAAUAAUGAUUUAAAGCGCUACAUACCAUAUAUACUGAAGGUCAUAUUUACAAAACAAAUAUUUUCUCAUUCAAUUGAUUACGCAUGCUCCAUUAUUUCAUUACAAUAUGGUUCUAAAAUAAAUAAAUAGGUCAAACAUUUUGUGGAACAAGUGAUGAGUCUUAUGUAAUUAAACUG